UAUUUUUUUUAACAGAAAUUUUGUUUUCAAAUGGAACAUUAGACCCAAAGAGGCAAAGACCCAGAAGGCUGGUGACUGGCGAGUGAGUGACGACUAAAGAUCGUUGUAUCUCCGUCCAAACAAAUUCACCGUCUGCUCUCCCUCCCCUGUCUGUACCUUCGACCCACCCCAUCUUCUCACAGUUCUUACGAAAGAGCCCUAAAAGCUAUAACCUAAUCAAAAUCACCCGGAAAAAAACCCCAAACUACCGUGAUAAUGGCCGGAAAUCAGGCCACCGGUGAUGGUCUAUCGGUGAAUAUCGCCGGAAUGUCAAAGAAUCAACUCUACGAUAUCAUGUCCCAGAUGAAGACAUUGAUCGAACAGAACCAGGAUCAAGCGAGACAAAUCUUGAUUCAAAACCCUUUACUCACUAAAGCUCUCUUUCAGGCACAAAUAAUGCUAGGAAUGCUGCAACCACCUCAAGAGAUACCCAACAUUCAACCUACCGGAACCCACCACCCUCAGCCAGCACCACCGCCAGUUCAGCCACUAGCACCACCACUACAGAACCAACCACCACAACAAAACCACACCACCAUCUCAACACCACCACCAUCAUCUGUUUCCCCUUCAUUACCUCCAUUACAACCACCACAACAUGGCAGAGCUCAGAUCAAACCUCAGGCGGCACCAAUGGCGGCUCAUCCAUCUCAUUAUUCUACCCAGCCACCACCACCAUUACCUCCCGCAUCUACUCCAUUACAGCAACCUUUACAUAUAAGUAACAUCUCUCAUCUGCCACUCCAACCGCCUCUUCAACCACCACUACCACCACAACCAAGACCACCUUCUAUGCAAACUUUCCCUCAUCAAAACUAUUCUCACAUGGGACCCACUUCAGGUUUCCAGCACCCGGGUGGACCCCAGCUCCACCAUUCACAACAACCCAUGUUUCAUUCAAGUUCAAGACCUCCUACUAGCAUGGGCCCACCUUUUUCUCAAGGCCCAAAUCAGCAGCUUUCUCAAGGGUUAUAUCAGGGAGGAGGUUCACAUGUAGGAAUGGAUUUUAACCAAAUGGGAGUCCCUUCACAACAACCAGAAAGGGGAUCCAAUUGGAUGCCUGAAAAUGCAGUGGGACCCACUGCCACAUCAUCUUUUCUUCCUGCUCAUAUGACCUCAGCCACUCAGCUUCCACGACCUCCAUCGUUAACUGCAGAUAUGGAGAAGGCAUUACUUCAGCAGUGCUUCAGCUUCAGCAGAUGUUGCGUCAGUAACAUAUUAGGUACUACAGAGAUGGAUUAGAGAGUUCAUUCAGGAGUUUGUUUUGAUGUUUGUGUUUGUAUUACAUUUUGGUUUGAUGAUGUUAAGAUUAGUUGUUUUAGAAUUGAAGUUUGUUACUCAAUUGUCUGAUUCUGGAAGUUAUUAUUUUUUUUUCUUAAUAUUUUAUGCAGUCUCUUUUCUGAAAUCGGAUCCUUUGUUGGUUUUCAUGUUUUGUUUGGGGAUUAUCUCAUUUUGUGGGGUUUUACAACUUUGUAGUUGAAUUCAAGUUAAAGCG